CAUUGAGGUUGAUUUCGGCUCUUUCCAAAAGAGCUGAAAGCUCCUUACAGAUGAUCCUCAAGCCUAACGAUCGAUCAAUGAGUUGUUAGACUAGAGCUUGAACUCUAUGAUCUUGCAAGCGCUUGGUGGGGAAAUCUUUUUCAUUGUAUAGCAGACUGUAUGGUCUUUUCCUCAUAUGCUUGAAGUUCUAAAGUAUCUUCAGCUUGGAAUUCCUCAGAAGCUGCGUUUUCUCAUUCAGUUCAUGACCGCAUGUCUCGUAUGGAGAUCUGGAUUCAGCUUUCUUCGUCCUUCCUGGACGGUCUCAGAUAGAUUAUUUGUUUAUCCAUUCAGCUCACAAUGCUUUCCCCGAGCAUUCCCUUUGCAUUCUCCUCAACCCUCACAAUAUUGCUGCUAACCUGCCCCUUCCCAACGAGCUGGGCCAGGAUUUUCUCACAUGAUGGGGGCACGGAUGGAGGACCAUUCAAUUACACGGUUUAUUACCCGUGGCAGUUGCAACAGGAGGAUCAAGGAUGUACAGCUGCAUCGAUGGGCACCCUCAUGUCUCCAAAUAAGAAUUACAUCGUGAAGCUGAACGUAGUCUGUCCAGAUCGUACCAUGGACCCUUGGAAUCUGAGCUUUGUGGCUGGAGUGGGCAGGCGAUUUGCUGACCUGUUUCAAACUGAUGGUACUCUAGAGUUUCCUCCUCAGGACUGGGCAUGGACAGUUCCAGUGAGUUUCGAUCAGCCGACAAACAGCUGUGCCUUGCGAUUUACCGAAAGCGGAGACCUCCAGUUUGUGGUACCAAAUCUGAAGCGAGGACAUAAUCCUAAUCCCCCAUGGACGCUGGAACGCAUAGUCUGGAGUACGAACACGAGUGGAAAAGGCGCUGUUGCUGUGCAGGUCCAGGACUCUGGUAAUCUGGUUCUGGUACAUUCUGAUGGAAAGACGGUUUUGUGGAAAGCUUUAGAUAUACCUCUCCUGCCACUUGCGCCGUUAAAUAAUGUUGCAAAGUCUCCCGAAUGUGUUGCCCUGACAAUGUCUUUGGCUCUGUGCGUCACUGCUUUCUUCCUUGGUCUCAUUUAGGCUGAAUUUGGAGAUUUAUCGCUAGAAGGGUGUCAUUUACAUUUACAUAUUUCUUAGCUUCCAGACAGACGGAGACAGAGAGAAAAUCAAUUGGUCUUUGAUCAAACGAGACUCAUAUGAGGGUUCAAACGUUCGAGUUGAAGUUGCAUUACAGAAAAUCAUUUUGGUUGGUGCUCAAUGCAAAUCAACUCAACAUUGUGCAGGCAUUUGGAUUCGAUUCUUUACUUCGGGUUCAUCUUUGAUGUACAUAUAUACUAUUCAGUAACUU